AUGAGUUCCAAUCCGCUCGUUAUAGAAAAGUUAAAAGAAUUUCUUGGUCACGUAGAUAUUAGUAUCGUCUGCCAACUUCCUGAUAAUAAUAAUAAACUUCUAGUCGCCGCUAAAUCAAGGCGUGGAAAAAACGUCAAAAGGAUAACAGGAAAGAUAUUGUUAAGACGUAAUGUAGAAUCCGAAACAACAAAUGUUGUAAUAAACAAUAAACGGUAUCUUAUAAACUUAGCCGUCGAUGAAAUUUGGAGCAACCAUUUAUCAGAUACUCAAAAGGACCAAUUUACAAGUUUGGCGGAUGGAGCAAACGAGAUUAAUCAAAAAUACAUCUCGCGAGUUCACAUCAAUAAUUCUAUGACUCUUGACCACAUUGCAAGAAUUUAUCACCAGGAUACCGAAGAUCCUACACAAAGGGAUUUCUACAACGGCGCAAACUUUAGUGAAAACUCUGAAACAGCUUCCUCCAUUUUAAGUCCAGCUGGUUUUUUUACUGGAUCUUCUUUUCUUCAAUAG